AUGAAUUCAUGGUACAAAAAAAAUAACGUAAUAGUACCAGUACCAGUAAACUUGUUGUCGACUCGAAAACCCCGGUCUUUUCAUCGAAAGCAACCUACAACAAACGUUGACAAAAAUGCUAGACAUCAGCAUUCGCAGAAUAGCAUUGAGGAAAUCCUCGCGACUACUCACCGUACUGAACGAGAAGUUAAGUCAUCUUUGAAAAAGCUUCGCCAGAUAAUUUUGGACGAGGGAUUACCUGAGGAAAAUCUUCCAAAAUUAGAUCCAUCGGUGCAAAGUCUUAUUCGGCCGAUUUCACUUCGCUCUCGGGUAUGGAAGCAUUUUCUCGGUGUUUACCACGUCUCAAUGGCCGAAUAUGUUCGUCUGAUAAAAAAAGGUCGAUCGUGCGUUUAUGAUAAAGUGAGAAACGACACUUUUAGAACGAUGGCUACAGACCAACGGUUUUUACAACGUGUAAAUGAAGAUAUGCUGAUUCGUGUACUUAAUGCUUUCGCGUGGAAACUUAAAUUCUCUGGUAACACAAAUAUUCCGUACGUCCAAGGGAUGAAUGUCUUGGUCGCUCCAUUUUUAUUCACAAUGUCGGAACUGGACGCGUUCUUUUCAUUUGCUGCUUUUAUCCAAACGUGUUGCCCGUUAUACGUGACCCCAACAUUGCAAGGUGUUCAUUGCGGAUUAAAACUUUUAGAUAAAUGUCUCCAGAUAUUAGAUCCGGUAUUAUAUGAUCAUUUAGAGAGUAAAAAUUUGAAUGCAAAGAUUUAUGCAUUCCCAAUGGUCCUUACUUUUUGCGCGUGCAAACCUCCACUCGAUCAAGUCUUGCAGUUAUGGGACUUUCUGUUUGCAUUUGGUGUUCACGUGAACAUUAUAUGUGUAAUUGCACAACUAACAAUGAUGCGAGAUAAAUUAUUGGAAUCAACAAGCCCGAUGCAACUAUUAAAUUUGAGAGCUUGGCCAGAACUUCAAGCAAAAGCGGUUAUCGACAAAACUCUCGCACAGAUACAGCUUAUCCCGGAUAAACUCUAUGAUCAGCUUGUCCGGCAUCCAUUUGAUCCAUCUGUCACAAUUGAAUUAAAUAAAGAAGAGAAUGGACAAUAA